UUAACCAAUUUGUUUUACCUUCCUUGUAAGACCUUCUUUUUUCCUUUCUUAUUCUCCAUUUCAGUCCUCCCUCCAUGCCUCCUUACUAAUUUUUUUUCUUGUCUAACUGUCCUCCUUUCUCUAUUCUCCCUAAUUCUUUCUCUGCAUUCGUCUUUUUUCCUCAUUAUCCCAUCUCUCUUCUUUUCUUUCUUAUUUUCUCUUUAGAAAAUGUUCCAAUAGGACAUAGAUUGUGAUUAAAAAAAAAACCCACUUGUUUAAAUAACAAAAUAGAACUAAAUAAAGCAGCUGUUAUUUUGGUGUUUAAAGUGUGAAUACAACGCUGAUGAAGUUUGAUCUGAUAUUAUACCCUGGCUGAUCACUUAAAUAUGAUCAUGAUAUGAAUACUUAAGAAAAUAAUGUUAUAAAGACACAACAGCCGUUUUCAUGAAUGUUAUGGUCAGUUUAUAAAGCCCUCAUUACACCAGUCUUUAACUGUAAUGUUUGUACAGUUAUUUUAUUUACUUUCUCUCAGGAUCAAAUUUUAACAGAUAUUGAUUGUCCUGUGUGGACUUUCAGAUCUGGACUUAAACAAACUGUUUGCCCUGAGCAGGUUUUUUUUGAGUGAGAUCAAGUUGGCAGCGUAAACAGUGGAACUCGGCACAAAGAGGCGAAUGCUAAUUUGGUGAAAAACAGGUCAUGUCUCCACCAGUCACUGUGUAAAAGUCUGAGGCUCCAUGGAGAGAAGGCAGAGUGGAGUGACCGCAGAAGAGUGGAGCACAUCCAGAUGACACAGUCUAGUGAUGCUAACGUAGCAGAAAGAAUGGCCGAGUGACACCUCGACAACACAUCCUUCCUCCCGUCUUCCGCACUCUUCAUCUGUGCAGCCAUGAUGCCGAGGAGGAAGCUGUGCAUCCCUCUGGUGAUUGCUGCCAUUCUCAUCCUCAUGCUUGCAAGUCAGAGCAUCCAGAAGAGGCAUUUCCUGUCUCUGACAUUGUCUCUUCCCAGCAUGCCGAGCAGACAGGAGUCAGGGCUUGAGCAUACAGCACCUCAUGUUGACCUUUCCCCUGACCUCUCCAAGAUUCCCACCCCUGCCAAAGUCUCACAGGCCGACACCAAGAAGAAGCCAAUUGAAAAUGACUCCCAGAAGAGUCCGAGGUCUUGCGGUUGUCCAACCUGUAUCUCAGACCUGACGACAUCAACUUGGUUUAGCCAACGCUAUGACCCAAACCAGCAGCCAGUCCUGCGAGACACCAUCAGUGACUUUGACCCUGAUGCACUCAAAUGGUGGCUGGGUCUGCAGCAUUCCAACAGAGAGUUGACUCUGGAGAAAGUGAUGUCAGACAUGUUCAAGGUCAUCUCUCCACCUUCUGAAGACUUUAAGCCCUUCCUUUCACGAUGCCGCACCUGUGCAGUGGUCGGCAACUCGGGCAACUUGCAAAAGUCUGGAUACGGCAACCUGAUUGACACCCAUAACUUGGUCAUCAGGAUGAACAAGGCAGUGACUCGAGGGUUUGAGCAUGAUGUGGGGAAUCGGACCACGCAUCACUUCCAGUAUCCAGAGAGUGCGUUGGAUGUCGGUCCUGGAGUGAGCCUUGUCCUGCUGCCAUUUAAACUCAGAGAUCUGGAGUGGCUGACGAGUGCACUGUCCACUGGCGAGAUCAAAAUGACCUACAUGAGGGUAAAAGAGAGAGUGGUGGCUGAUCAGGAUAAGGUUUUGGUCAUAAACCCGGUCUUCCUGAAGUAUGUGCAUGAUCGUUGGACAGAGUAUCACGGCCGUUACCCCUCCACAGGAAUGCUGGCAAUCAUCUUCGCCCUACACACCUGUGACCAGGUGUCAGUGUUUGGUUACGGAGCGGACAAGCUGGGGAACUGGCAUCACUACUGGGAAGAGAAUCGUCAUGCUGGAGCUUUCAGGAAAACGGGCGUCCACAACGCUGACUUUGAGACAGAGAUCAUCCAUCAGCUGGCCAGUGAAGGUAAAAUCAGUCUACACCAGUGACAGGAGAGGACCUGCUGACUGACAGUGUGAUGAAGGGCCACCACCUGUCAGUGGAGAGUUGAAAACAAACCUAACUUGAAAUAUAUUUCCCACUGGGGGGUACAACAUUCUGGAAUAAUUAAUGGCAAACCAUAGACUGGAAAGGAACGAAGGUGUUCAGGUGUGCUGGACUGAGACCACUGUAUCUGUGUGGGAUUACCUGUGGACAGAACAUGUAGAGGUAGAAGAAGGCGAUCAGCUGACCAAGUGGACGUCCUGUAAAUCUUUUCAGGAGAUUUUUUGGUCUCAUUUAUUAGAAUCAAGUCCUAAAGAGACAUGAGGUUCAAAAAUGAUGGUUCCAUUUAGAUUAUAAUUUUGGCACAUCAUACUGUAUGUGUAGGCUUCAAAUUCAGUUGGUUUUCCUGCCAGGAGAACAUUGACAUAAUCAAACUUCAAGUUCUAAAAUGAAACCGGGCUCAUGUUGGGCCAAAAAAAGGUUGGACUUCACCCUGGACCACUGACUGGUUCUUCCAGUCCAUCUCAGUGCCAAUACAGAAACAGAAAAGCUACUUACACCUGACUGCAUGUCUUUGGACCUAGUAUGAAAUAGUUAAGAGAACAUGAGAGAACAUGCAAUCUUCACAAAGGAGCUCUCUCUUUGAUGUCAUUUCCACUCAACUUGGGAAAAUAUGACAAUUCUUUUUUUUUUUUUUUUGGGGGGGGGGGGGUAUGUCCACUUUGAGAACAGGUGAACCGUCCUGCCGUCACACAAUGACGUCAAAUCGAUCUUUUGAUUGUUGCUCUGAGUGGGAAACAACCACAGACUUUUAUAUAAAUAUAUGUUUGUAUUAGAUCUGAUAAUUGUUAUACAGGGAUUCCCUCUAGUUUUUUAAUCAAAGCACUUUGUCCUGGAGGAGAAAUGACACCACAAGGCCACGAUGCUCCUCCUCUGUCAAAGCAGCCAUCUCAGCAUCGGUCGUCUUAACCUGGAGGAUCGUGACUGGAAACAGUUACAAUCGUUACGGAUGUUUUCUUUUCUUUUCAUUUUUUUUUCCUAAACGAAAUUUGAGGUUCAUCCUUUAAUUGUUGAUUAUUCAACAGUCGGUUGGUUAUUGGUUGAGUGAGCUGAUUUAGAAACAUUUUUCUUUGCAUUUAAAUAUUUUGAAAGUUAAUCUGUGUUGGAAAUCAAUAGGUAACAGAUUUGGUGCAAAGUGGUGAUGCCAAAAAACUGUGAGUGACAUCUGAACUCUGUGAACUCUGGAUACUUAAAAGUCUGAUGGUUUAGGUUUAAAGCUGCAGUGCGUGACUUUUAAAGAGGGACUAAACCUGUCAGCUCUGAAAGACUGUCUUCAUGUUUCCCAUCUAGCUGUGUUUACGUCCUGACAUUCCCAGGCUGCUCACAGCCGGGGAUUUAUUUAGCUUAGAAUAAAGCAGACGUGGAGGACGACUGGAGGGACAAACAAGUGAAGCAAGAUGGCUGUAAGAAAAACAAAAACAAAGGAAAGCUGGACGAUCAAGGGAUUGUUGUUUGCUUCCAUAGUAAAAACAUAAAAACAUAAUAAUAAUCUCAUCUAAUAUUUAAAAACUAAAACCCACUGCAGCUUUAACAGAAUCACAGCUGAAUGAUGUGACACAGACAUAAGUCGUGAUCAAGUUUGAACUAAAGAUUUAUUGAUGAAAAUAACCAAGAUGAUGUCAUACAAUCAGAAAGAUUUUCACUAAAUGCCACUUGUACAGAGUGCAAUGAUUUAGGUUAAAAAAAAAUCGAGAGUCCGACCAAAAGGCUUGACCAACCAUGUGAAUGAAGGACUGACCAGAGAAGUGAGUCAGCUGACUUCUCUACUGUGAAUGUACGAAAGACACAUCAUCAAUGGUGGAAAUGUGUGUGGCUUUGUUUACACUGUGAAGAGUUUAGGAAGUUUUCACUAUUGAGGUUUUUUUGUGGGUUUGCGUUAUCUUACGAAGUGUGACAUCUGUGCCAUCUGUGGCUGUAAAACCCUGUUGUCAUUAUUGCAUCGAUGUUGUGCUUCCUGUUUAUCAAGGUGUUGGAAAGAGCAGGCAGCAGCCUUUAAAGAAAAAAAGAUAUUAUUUUAAAACUUUCUUUUUUGCUAUCCCAAGUUAUUAUGCAGGUUUCUCCUGACCAAAGUAAAUAUACAAAGUAUUAUUUCCUUUUAAAUCUUUUUUGCACCAGUACGCCUACUGACAGCCAAUAUUUGCGCUCAGGUUCUUUAGCUAAAUGCUAAUUGAAAUGGCCUUAAGUUAUGUUUGUUAGUAUGAAUCAGUAGAGCUGUCUUAACCAUAUCUACAUUCAGGAUUAUCGUAGAACUACAAAUUCAACACUAUUGAAUAUUUAUGUUUCAACUUAAUUUUUAGUUAAGACAUUUUUUUGACCGAGUUGACCUGACACUGACACAAAAUCUAUACCUUGAAUGAAGUCCAGGAAACAAGUCAGAGUUUGAUUUUUUUUUUCUGUGAAAAUAGGUUUUUUUGGAGCAGCAGUUUCCCAAGUACAAUUUAAGUUAUAAUAGCUGCAGUAUUGUUACCCCAUAGCUAAUAGCCAAUAACAACAUUUCAAAACUUAAAAUAUAAUUCAGUCUUAUAUUUUAUUGCUUUUACUUGUCACUUUUAUUGAUGUACUCUUGGUUAUGACAAUUCUUCUAACUUGAUUUGUGUUUAAUUUGUACCUUUUUCUUAAAAUGUUGUCACAUCUCACAUAGGAAGGUUCCACGGUUCUCUGCCAAUGUUUCUUUAAUUUGUUAAUUUUAUAUGGUUCAAGAUGUCUGAACUUGUCAGUCUUGUGUGAUUAAUUCAUUGACCAGUCAGUCACAGUUUAGCCUCAGUUAUUCCUCAUCAUUAAUCCUGACACUGUUAAUUCCAAGUUUGCAGCAGUGGAGUUUUUUUUUUAUGGUGUUUUUAUUGACCACGUUGAAUUCAACGAGCACUUUGUUAGAAGCAGACCGAGGCCUUAUAAAUAAUCCUAAAUGCUGAAUCAUCAUCUGGAGGCUGUUGCUCUGUCGGCUUUGGCUGCAGUUUAGAAAGCAGUGUUUCAAAUUCACUCUUGUUUUCCUGGAGCGAGGCUCACCGUCUCCUCAAACAGACUGCUGACUCACCGCUGGCUGUCCUGGUCAAUUUGAUUUUCACACUUUUUAUUCACCUCUACGGGAGCUCACCGCUGCCCAGCUGUAAAACGGUCUGACUGAGUGGACGAACAGCACCAUGGUGUGAUAUAAACCUUAGCUCGGCCAUUAAAUGACAGAGCAGCAGCUCUCCAGCGUCCAGAGCUGGAUUAAUGUAUGGACGAAACCUUUCUCUGUUUGUGUUUUAAGUGGUCCUAGACAGAUUUAUUUCCUCACGUUCUGUUGUCCAUAGAUAGAACCUUAAAUUCCCACUGUAGCGAUCAAUGGACAGUAUUUAUAUCAGGGACAUAAGAUACCAACGACUCAGCUCUGUUUAAUAUCAGUGUAAUAAACUCUCACUCGGAAUUAUCAAA